AUGGCCUGGCCUUGGCUGCCCUGCUUCCUGCUUUCUGCCCUCACGGUGUCUGUGGCAGCCAACAUGCCCCCAACGUUUGGGCAAAAUAUGUCAUUUGUGAACCUGCCUGAGGACCUACCAGUGGGUGCCGUGGCCUUCUGGAUGGUAGUAGAAGACUCGAAUGAUGUUGAUCUGAUUUAUGGGAUUAGUGGUUCCAAUGCCUACUUCUUCAAUGUCACCAUUAAUACUGGGGAAGUGAAGUUGGCUUACCCUCUGGACUACGAGACAGUCCCCAUCUUCAGCAUCACCAUCUCUGCGAGCGACCCUCACUUGCAGGUGCAAAAAGAAAUGCAUGUGGUUGUGGAAGACAGAAAUGACAAUGCACCUGUUUUCCAGAACACUGGAUUCUCCACCAGUGUCAAUGAGACCCUGCCAGUCGGCUCUGUGGUGUUCUCCGUGCUGGCGGUGGACAAAGACACUGGGUCAGCAGGCGUGGUGAAGUACUACAUAGAGAAGGUCAUCCCUAACACUCUGGACAGUGAGCAUCUCUUCAGAAUCAUGGACAAUGGCUCUAUCAUACUCAAUGGCAGUCUCAGCUACAAUAACAAGAGUGCCUUCUAUCAGCUGGAGCUGAAAGCCUGUGACUCGGGUGGCCUACUCAACGACAUUGUCACCAUCCAGUGCUCCCCGCCUGUCUUCCUGUCCAUCACGGUAGUGGACCAGCCUGACCUGGACCCUCAGUUUGUCAGGGAAUUUUACUCAGCUUCUGUGGCUGAGGAUGCAGCUGUGGGGACCUCGGUGCUGAAGGUGGAGGCUGUGGACAGCGACAAAGGCAUCAGUGACCAUGUGAUCUAUAGCAUCUCCAACUCCACAAGGCCUGGGUGGUUCGACAUUGAGGCAGAUGAUGGGGUUAUCAUUGUCGCGGGCAGCCUGGACCGGGAGCAGCUGCUGGAGGAGGAUGAGGAAGUGCAGUUGGAGGUCACGGCCACUGAGAGGAACCUCAACAUCUAUGGGCAAGAGGCCAAGGUGAGCAUAUGGGUCACAAUAAGAGUGAUGGACGUCAAUGAUCACAAACCUGAGUUUUACAACUGCAGCCUCCCAGACUGUUCCUUCACACUCCAAGAAGCCCAAGACAACUUCACUGGCUACGUGGAUGAGCAUGCCUCUACCCGCAUCCCCAUCAAUGGUCUCACCAUGGUGGCCUAUGACCCUGACAAGGGCAAAAACGGCACCUUCCUGCUGUCCCUGGAGGGCCCUGAUGCAGGAGCCUUCAGUGUCUCUCCUGAGCUGGCAGCAGGCUCGGUCGAUGUGCAGGUACUGGUGAAGGAAUCAGAGAUGGUGGACUACGAGAAAAAGACAGAGAUGGUGGUGCAGGUGGUGGCCACUGACUCAAUGAGCAAGAACUCCUCCAUUGCCAGGGUGACCAUCCAUCUCAGAGACAUUAAUGACCACAGACCCACAUUCCCCCAGAACUUGUAUGUCCUCAGUGUGUUAGAGAACAGCCCAACAGGCUCUGUGGUCACCAGCAGCAUCCAUGCCACGGACCCAGACACGGGUGAGUGGGGCCGCAUCACCUACAGCCUGCUCCCAGGAAAUGGGGAAGACCUCUUUGAGGUGGAUCCAGACUCAGGGACAGUGACUGUGAAAAAUGGCACGCUGCUAGACCGGGAGAGGCAGGCUGUGUACUACCUCACACUACAGGCCACGGACGGUGGGAAUCUGUCUACCUCCACAACACUGCAGAUCAACUUGCUGGAUGUCAAUGACAACCCCCCCAUAGUCAGCGGCUCCUACAACAUCUUUGUUCAGGAGGAGUUGGGCGAUGUCUCUGUGACCAUUCAGGCCUAUGACAACGAUGAGCCAGGCACCAAUAACAGCCGCCUGCUCUUCAGCUUACUGCCUGGCCCCUACAGCGCUAACUUCUCAAUAGACUCCAACACAGGGCUCCUCAGAAACUUGGGGCCCCUGGACCGAGAGGCCAUUGACCCCACCCUGGGGGGCCGCAUUGUGCUAACAGUUCGCGUAUCUGACUGUGGAGUGCCUAGCUUCAGCACGGACGUCAACGUCACCAUCAAUGUGGAGGACAUCAAUGAUAACCUGCCCAUCUUCAGCCAGUCCAGCUACCAAUUCUUUGUGAAGGAGAGGGAGUUAGGAGUGCUGGUGGGUGUAGUGGAAGCUUGGGACGCAGACCAGACGGAAGUCAACAAUCGCAUCAGCUUCAGCCUGUCAGGGAGCGGUGCCAACAACUUCGUGCUCCGAGGCUCCAUGCUGGGGUCUGGAAGGGCUGAGGGCCACAUCUGGCUGCCCCCAGAUGGGAGUCUGGACUAUGAGACACAGGCCCUCUUCCUUCUGACAGUGAGUGCUGAGAACUUAGACCCCCAGGGGCAUGUGGCCACGGCAGGAGUCAACGUGACUGUGGUGGACGUGAACGACGAGCCACCCACCUUGGAUGAAGAUUCACUCCAGGGCAUCUCUGUGGCUGAGAAUGGUUCACAGCAUGGCCAGGUGGCUGAGGUCGUGGCCUGGGACGUGGACACCGAGGCCCAGCUGGAGAUACAGCUAGUGAACGUCAUCUGUACCAAGGGCAGUGUCGAUGUGGGCAGCCUGUGCCAUGGAUGGUUCUCCGUGGAUGCCAAUGGCUCCGUGUACAUCAAUCAGAGUGAGGCUAUCGACUAUGAGGCCUGUGACCUGGUCACACUGGUCGUACGGGCCUAUGACCGCACCACAGAUCCCCGCUUCCAGGCCUACAGCAACAAUGGAAGCCUCCUUAUUACCAUCGAGGAUGUGAAUGACAAUGCACCCUAUUUUCUACCUGAUAAUCAAACUUUUGUGAUCAUCCCAGAACUUGUGAAACCUUCCCAGCAGGUGGCUUAUGUUCGGGCCAGAGACAAUGACUCAGGAAGCAAUGGGGCCAUCGUGUUCUCCAUCCUCCAAGUGGAUUUCAUCUCUAAGGAUGGGGCCACGAUCCCUUUCCAGGGCUUCUUCUGGAUAGCCACCUCUGUGGAGGCCAACGUGUUUACUGGCAGCAUUGAGCUGGUGACCAACCUUGAUUCCACUCUCCAAGGCACUUACCAAGUGACGGUCCAGGCCCGGGACACACCUUCUGUGGGUUCUGCACAGUCAGCCCAAAUCACCCUGAAUCUCUUCACUGUGGACCAGAGUUACCGCAUCAGGUUGCAGUUCUCCACUCCAAAGGAGGAGGUGGGCGCCAACGUGGAAGCAAUUAAAGCGGCUCUUGCUCAGGCAACCAGGACUACUGUCUAUGUUGUGAACAUUCAGGACACAGACUCUAUGGCUCGGGCUCCAGCCCAAUCUUAUCUUGAUGCCUACUUUGUCUUCUCCAAUGGGUCAGCCCUGACACUGAAUGAGCUGAGUCUGAUGAUCCGGAAGGACCAGGAUGCACUGACACAGCUGCUGCAGCUGGGGCUGGUGGUGCUGGGUGCCCAGGAGAGCCAGGAGGAAGACCAGGCCAAACUGCUCACCAGUGUCAUCAUAGGACUGGGAGUGGCUUUGCUGUUGGUCCUUGUGAUCAUGAUCAUGGCCCUUGUGUGUAUGCGGAAGAGCUACCACCGGAAGCUUCGUGCCAUGAAGGCUGCUAAGGAGGCCCGGAAGACAGCAGCGGGGGUGAUGCCCUCAGCUGCUGCUAUCCCUGGGACUAACAUGUACAACACUGAGCGGGCCAACCCCAUGCUGAACCUCCCCACCAAAGACCUGGGCCUUGAGUACCUCACUUCCUCCAGUGACUUGGACCAUGUCAGCCUCAAUUCCCUGGAUGACAACUCUGUGGACCUGGAUGGGAACAGUCAGGAAAUCAAGGAGGCCAGACCUCAGCACAGUCCACCAGAACUGGAUCCGGAGCCUCUGAGUAUGGUGCUGUCAGGAGGGCAGGGGGACACACGUGGACGGCAGCAGGAAUUGUACUUCACCAAUCCCGGCCUGGACACCACAGACCUGUGAUGGAGGCCCCUACUCUUCUGGCCCACUUGGGAAGAGGCCCUGUGGCCCCCUGACUUCAUCUC